AUGGAAAGGAAACGGUCCGUCCGGCGGCGCAGGAAAACCGCCAGGCGGUCGUGGUUGAAGCAAUGCAAGGAAUUCCUCCGGCAAUUCAUCGCCUUCCUCUUCAGCAACGUCGGCAUCAUCCUACUAGUGGCGGGUUACACGAUCGCCGGUUCGUUCAUCUUCAUGACGAUCGAAGGUAAGCACAAAUUGAAGCUGAAGGAGGAGGUGCUCAACAACCGGACGAUCUUCGCCGGGAAAUUGUGGAACAUCACCUACGAGUUGAACCGAAAGGUGAUGGGAAAGGAGCAGUUCAACGCCAGCAUCGACGAGCUGCUGAGGCUCUACCAGAAGCUGGUGGUGAACUUCACCAGGAGGGGCUUCGACGGUACCGACGAUCUGACGUCGUCGGCCCAAUGGAGCUUCGCCGGCGCCUUCCUCUACUCCCUGACGGUCAUAACGACUAUAGGGUACGGUAACAUUUACCCGAGGACACCCGAAGGGAAAAUCGCCACCAUCGUGUACGCCAUCAUCGGCAUGCCGCUGUUCCUGCUGUACCUGUCCAACAUCGGGGACAUAAUGGCGCGCUCGUUCAAGUGGAUCUACGCCAAGUGCUGCUUGUGCAGGUGCUGCCCGGGGGUGGCGAAGCGGCGGGCGCUGCGGAAGAUCCGCAGGGAGAAACGCAUGCAGAUGGACUACGAUAGCGAUGUCACCGGCAGCGAUGUUACCGAAGUGUCCAUUUCCAAUCCUCCACUAGGACCCAGACAUUCCACCGUGAGCGAAGCCCUUACAGAGGAACUGGAUACUGACGUGCAAAACGUACCAGUACCAGUUACAGUUUGCUUGGCGAUUAUGGUGGGGUACAUAUGCAGCGGAGCGUUGUUGUUCUGCAAAUGGGAGGAACAUUGGACGUUCAUGGACGCCUCCUACUUCUGCUUCAUAUCGUUGAGCACGAUCGGCUUCGGGGACCUGGUGCCUGGGGAUAAAAUCUACGGCAGAGGCAGGGAUUUCUACGCGGAGGUGCUCGAGCUGAGCUUCGUGUUCUGCUCGAUCUACCUGAUGCUCGGCAUGGCGUUGAUAGCGAUGUGUUUCAAUCUGAUGCAGGAAGAGGUGAUCCACAAGAUCCAAACGACCGUUCGCACCGUUAAAUACAUCCUGCGAUGUAACAGAUGACGAUCCGGCCGCUGUCACAACAAUCCAUUUUUCGGUCGGGACCGCCCGCGGGGCCGGCGGGCGCCGGGAAAAAAGAGGUGGUUUGUGGAGGUUCCACGAAGGGUUGAUGGAAGAAUAAAGGGGUGUGUGAAGAAAUAUUGAAAGGAAUCUCUGUGUUGAUGGGUUUAAUUGCGGAUAAUAGAUGAAGGUGAGUACAUGGGGGUGAGUUUAUUUGUAAUAUGGUCAAUUGUACACAU